UUCAAUGGUCAACAACCCAAAAAAAAGAAAUUUCUUGGAUCUCUCUACUAAAAGAAUUAUUGGGCUUCUCAUUUAGUCAAUUCUUUCCACCUCUAGAAAAUUAAGAACCAUGGCUUGAGAGAUCAGAUAGCAUUCUGUGUUAACUGAGAGACAAUUUUGAUCAUCUUCUUCAAUUCUUGAGGUACUUGGUUUCAGUAUGCAAUGAAGACCUUAGCCUUUGUUGCUUGUUUCAUAGUUUUCUCUACCAUGAUCUUGCUCAGAGUCAUUUACCAAAAUCACAUGUUUGAUCUAAUUGGAGAAUUCGCUAAAGCAAAGGUUGUUCGAGGAAAAGCAGACAAUGCUACAAAUUUUAUUUUUGAUUCAGUUUUUGAUGAAGAAUCUUGUUUAAGCAGAUACCAAUCUGUUAUAUAUCGAAGAGAUUCGCCUCACAAGCCUUCUCCAUACCUUCUUUCAAAGCUACGCAAUUACGAAAUUCUUCACAAGAAUUGUGGACCUUACACAGAAUCCUACAAUCAAACCAUAAAAGCAAUUAAUUCUGCCAACAUUUCAAGUCCUACGGAGUGCAAUUACAUAGUCUGGACACCGCUCGAAGGUUUAGGAAACAGGAUACUAACUAUGGCUUCAGCAUUUCUCUACGCUCUCCUUACAAACAGAGUUUUGCUUGUAGAACAUGAGACUGACAUGGCUGAUCUCUUCUGCGAGCCAUUUCCAAAUACUUCAUGGUUGUUGCCUCAGGAUUAUCCCCUGAAGAGAGAAUUCAAGAAACUCAAUCUGAACUUUCCUAACAAAUAUGGAAACAUGGUAAGGAAUAACAUUACUAAUGUAAAUAAAGUGUCAUCUCCGCCAUUUGCUUAUCUUUUUCUAGCUUUCAACUGUGAUGAUUCUGAUAAGCUUUUUUACUGUCAAGAACACCAAGAUUUUCUUCAAAAAGUGCCUUGGUUGAUUCUCAAAUCAGACCAAUACUUCAUUCCAUUUCUCUUCUUGAUCCCGUCUUUCGAGCAAGAACUAGACAAGAUGUUUCCUGAUAAAGAAACUGUUUUCCAUUUCUUGAGUAGGUAUCUUUUUAACCCUUCAAAUAAGGCAUGGGGAUUAAUCACUAGGUUUUAUCAGUCUUAUUUAGCCAAAGCAGAUCAAAGAAUUGGUAUGCAAAUAAGAAUAUUUAACCCUAAAGCUAGUAGUUUCCAAAUUGUGAUGGAUCAAAUUUUAGCCUGUACAAUGCAAGAAAACCUGUUACCAGAAGUAAACAAACAAGAACUCAUAUCGAAAAACCGAACAUCAAACUCAAAAGCUAUUCUAAUAGCAUCUUUAUAUACAGAAUUCUAUGAAAGUUUAAAGAACAUGUAUUGGACAUUUCCAACUAGAAAUGGAGAGGUAAUUGAGGUCUGUCAGCCAAGCCAUGAGAAGCAUCAGCAAUUUGGAGAUAAUAUGCAUAAUUUGAAGGCAUGGGUUGAAAUGAACCUAUUAAGUAUGAGUGAUGUGUUGGUUACUAGCUCUUGGUCAACUUUUGGGUAUGUAGCUCAAGGGCUUGGAGGUUUAAAGCCAUGGAUUCUUUACAAGCCUGAGAAUUGGAAGAAACCCAAUCAAGCUUGCCGGCGAGUCAUGUCGAAGGAACCUUGUUUCCAUUUUCCGCCAACUCGUGAUUGCAAGACGAAGGUGAAAGCUGAUAUGGGUAUUAUUGUUCCUCAUAUCAUGCAUUGUGAAGAUGAACCUAGAGGACUCAAGCUUUUUAAUGAUGAUUCUAAUAUUUUUAAUUAGCGGUUAUGUAAUUGUUAUUUAAUUAUCAUUCAUGUUCAAUUUGUUGUGGAGAAA